GAAACGUCGAUGUGAGAGAGAGACAUGGAUUGAUUACUUCCCACAAGUGCCCCGACCAGGGCCUGGGAUCAAGCCUGCCACCAAGGUACAUGUCCUUGACUGGGAAUCGAACCCAAGACCCUUCGGUUUGUGGUCUGAUGCUCUGACCACAGCAAAACCAGCCAGGGCAGCAUAUUUCUUAUUUAAGAGUCUUCCUCUGAAUGCAUCUGUAUGAAAAUUAUGGAGAGGACAGAAUUAUGAUGCUUUAUGUCAACAGAAAGUGGUGUCAGUUCAGAAAAAUAAACACGAGGUUGAAAAUAGAUCACUGGAUCCUGCUGUCUUCCUCUGACCUUGAAAAAGAUAUGUAACUUCUUCACAUUGUCUCGUCUCUGGACCUGGUGUAACGGUGUUCCCUAGAGCUGCCCUAUGGAUGCGAUAACCUAUGCGAAAUGUUCUGAACUCCUUAAGGCAUGAUGUCAAAGCAAUAAAGUGCAAUAUUGUUAUUACCGAUCGACAUUUUCUUCCUUAAUCUUCUCAUCUUUUCAGAUCCUGGUGGGUUUUUUCCAGUCCCCUCUCUGCUCCUUAGGUUGGAGUGGUAGGGGUUCCAUGCUUGGGUGCAGGAAAAAUGCCUUCUACCCUCUGAAACUGUGUUCAUCAGGAAAGGCUUUGUAGGCACCACCCUUUCGGUAAAGGAUGAAUGUGACACCCAGUGUGUCGUGCUAGGGGAGCACAGGCUCUGCAGACAGAAGAAGGCCCCUCUCUCUCUGAAGGACGAGGAGAAGCAACCAUGAACUGUCUACUCCUUCACAGAACACACAGCCUGGUGCCCAGGCUCCUCUGACCAUCCUCCACGAGAAAGAAGAGUGAAUCCAAAGAGGCCAGUGUCUCCUACAGACUCGUGAAGUCCAGCCGACUGGGGACCCCCUUGGAGCAGUCCCGCAGUGUGCGCAUGGUGGUUCCUUAUUCCGUCAGCCAUGUCCUUCAGUGCCACCAUUCUCUUCUCCCCGCCCAGUGGCAGUGAGGCCAGAUGCUGCUGCUGUGCCUGUAAGAGUGAGACUAGUGGGGGCAACACAGGCGCUCAGAGUGGGAAUCCUCCUCCCAGCACCCCUAUCACAGUGACCGGACACGGCCUGGCGGUUCACAGUUCCGAGCAGCUCCUGCAUAUUAUCUACCAGCGGGUGGAUAAGGCAGUGGGUCUGGCUGAGGCUGCUCUGGGUCUUGCCAGGGCCAACAAUGAAUUGCUAAAACGUCUCCAGGAGGAAGUGGGUGAGUUGAGGCAAGGCCAAGUGUCCGCCCCUGAUGAAGACGGGGACAGCCAGGCACAUGGUUCCCCACUUGAGGAGCCUGGGUCUCUCAAGGAGAGUCCCGGGGGGGCCUGCAGGACCGUGUCUGCCGUGGAAGAGGAGGGUGACGGCGUGGGCAGCGAUGUGCAGGUGGUGAUCGAGCAGCAGCUGGGAGCAGCCUUGGCUGUAGGGCCUGGCCCUUUGGGCUUCCCAGCUGCUCAGAGAGAUGUGCGGCUCCCGGGAUGCACCCUGGCUGCCAGUGAGGGGGCUCCAGUGCUCAAUCCCCUGGUGGAUGAUUAUGUGGCCUCUGAGGGUGCAGUACAGCGGGUGCUGGUCUCUGCUUAUGCCAAGCAGCUCUCACCAGCCACACAACUGGCUAUCCAGCGGGCAACUUCAGAGACAGGGCCAGAAAAUGGAGUCAAGCUGCCACUGCCUCGCCCUGAGGACAUGCUCAGUGCUGCUGCUGCGCUGGAAGGUGCCUUGGAAGAGGCAGGCCCAGGGGGAGCUGGGGAGCUGACACACUCUCUAGGGUUUACUGCUUCCCCCUGCAGGACCAGAGGGAGUGGGCAGAAGAACUCCAGGCGCAAGCGGGAUCUGGUUCUCUCUAAAUUGGUCCACAAUGUGCAUAACCACAUCACCAAUGACAAGAGAUUCAAUGGGUCUGAAAGCAUCAAAUCCUCUUGGAAUAUUUCAGUAGUGAAGUUCCUUCUGGAAAAGCUCAAGCAGGAGCUGGUGACCAGCCCCCACAAUUACACUGAUAAGGAGCUGAAAGGAGCCUGUGUAGCCUACUUCCUUACUAAGAGGCGUGAGUACCGCAACUCCCUGAACCCCUUUAAAGGACUGAAGGAAAAAGAGGAGAAGAAACUUCGAAGUCGCAGAUACCGGCUUUUUGCCAACCGAUCCAGUAUCAUGAGGCAUUUUGGCCCAGAGGAACAACGCCUGUGGAAGGAUGUGACAGAAGAGCUGAUGUCAGAUGAAGAGGACAGUCUUAAUGAGCCAGGUGUCUGGGUAGCCAGGCCUCCCCGUUUCCGGGCCCAGCGCCUCACCGAGCUCUGCUACCAUCUGGAUGCCAACUCUAAGCAUGGCACUAAAGCCAACCGUAUAUAUGGGCCUCCCUCAGACCGGUUACCCUCUGCUGAGGCCCAGCUCCUUCCACCAGAACUUUAUAACCCUCAUUUCCAAGAAGAGGAAGACGAGGGAGGUGAUGAAAAUGGACCUGUCUCCCUAUCUUUUGACCAGUCCCAUAAAACCUGCUGUCCUGACUUGAAUUCAUUUAUUGAAGUCAAGGUGGAAAAGGAUGAGUGAAAUCUAUAACCAAGAGUAUCUCUGGCUUCUGCCGCUUCCCAUGUCCCAGAGCCAGGCCUAUUGGGCUUCCCAGAAGAAUGAGAUGUCCUCUGCAGUCUGAGAAAGCAAGUCUGCCUCUGUUCUUAACACGGUCCCCACUGGAAAUGAAAGCUGGCAGCUCCAGUGGGAUCAAAGGACUUCUCUGAAAGGGGGAAAGUCCCCCCAUUGUGAAUGGCAAGCCAGAAAGUGCUUGUUCCUAAGCAUAAACAAUGCCUCAGAAGAGCCGAGGAGGAGAGCAGGAGGAGGAUGGGUCUAAGAAACACGAGGCCUUCUCAACAUAUGCCCGGGUCUCUGAGUUUUUUGUUUUGUUUUGUUACAUUUCGGGUUUCACUCAAAGCUCUGGGGAAGCAGCUCUGGUUGCACCUUCUGCUUCCCCAGGACCGCGGGUCUUGCUCUGCAGUGGAAGCCGCACGGAACCAGCCCAGGGUAAUACUGCCACCUGGUGGGCAGUGUCAGUCUUUGAUUCUUCUGAGAAGAACUGGGGCUCCAUCCCUUUUUGGAAAUUAGGAUUUAGAUGUAAUAGCUUUAUUGAAUUACAUAAAGCAGAUUUUAUCAUUCUCAUCUUACACAUGAGGAAAUUAAGGCUAAAAGAGUUCCCAUGUAUCACUGGCACCCGCUCUACCACCGUGUGCAUAUAUAGGGCUCUGUAGCUAUUUCUUAAUCUUGCCAGCCCAACUGUAUUUUGAGGAAGGUGUGUGCGCGUGUGUGUGUGUCCGUAUGCACACACCAGCACACAAAAUGUAUGCAUUUUGAAUAGAUGGAGAAGUAAAAAUGGCUUUCUAGUCAGUCAUCCAUAUAACAAACAUUGAUUGCUUACUAGGUGUCACAUACUGUGCUAUAGACACAAUGUUGAUCAAAGUAGAUGCUGAUCUAAGGUUUUAUUAUCUAGUCAGAAAACCAGGCAGUUAAGUAGGCAGUGGAUAAAUAAAUAGUGCUAAGAGUGAUGAGGGAUUGUAGGGUGCACUGGCAGGAUACAGCAGGGGUAGCUAACCUAUGCUGGUGGUCUGGAAAGGCUUCUCAGAGUGGUGUUUAAACUGAUACCUGAAAGAUGGGGGAAGGGAGGCCAGGAGAGUGUCCCAAACAUAAGGAGCAACGGGUACUAGAGAGCACAGACAAGAUACACCUCUACAGAACAUUUUGGGGAGGGGAGGAUGCUGAGGAGAAGAGGCUGGAGAGGUAGAAAAACCUUGUAAAAUAUCUUAAAGAGUUCAGACUUCAGUUCAAGGGCAAUGAUCAGUCAUUGUAAGGUUUUAAGGAGGGAAAUAAGUUGAUCAGUUCUGUGUUUUACCCUAGUUCCCCCGCCCCCUCCAGCUCUGUGUUUUAGAAGAAUCACUUGACCUUAGGUUAUGAGAUGGCUUGGAAGGGGAAAGCCUUGGCAGUGAGACUCUUGCAGUGGUUCUGGGGAGAAAAGAUGGUGGCCCGAGAGACACAGGGGUGAUGAAGGGAGGGCAGAUUUGAAAGAUAUUUAGGAAGCAGAAUUUAUCGGACUUGGUGCUAGGACUUAGUUGAUUUGAGAUUAAGGGAGGAGGACAUAAGAUUGAUGUUUAGGUUUCUGGCUUAAGCAGCUUAAAUGGUUAAGGAUGCCAUUUACUCAGGGAAUGCUGGAGGAGCCCGUUUCAGGAGGCAGGGAAGGUGGGGUCAGUUUAGAGCGGGAGUGGGCAAACUUUUUGACUCGAGGGCCACAAUGGGUUCUUAAACUGGACCCGAGGGCCGGAACAAAAGCAUG